AUGGAAACCCUGCCAGCCGGUUGGACGGUGUACACCUGUGAGCAGGAAAGGGCUGAGACAGGCCUGUUGAAGGGAGAAUCUGAUGACACUAAAGCAAACACACAUGUUCAGGAUCUGUUCCAUGAAGAUGUAAAGGGCUUUCAGCAGUCUAGUCAGCCGUGGUGGAGGAUCAAAGUAUUUGUGUGGGAGCCGGUGCUUUUUGGCACCUGGGAUGGAGUCUUCACCACCUGCAUGAUCAACAUCUUUGGUGUGGUUCUGUUCCUGCGUACUGGCUACUUGGUGGGGAACACAGGAGUGCUGCUUGGGAUGGUUCUCGUCUCCAUGGUUGUGUUGGUUGCUUUAGUGACAGUUAUGUCGGGAAUCGGAGUGUCUGAACACUGUGGUGUUGGGAGUGGAGGAAUCUACUCCAUGAUCUCCACCAUCCUAGGGGGAAGGGUCGGGGGCACUGUUGGCCUCCUUUAUGUGUUUGGGCAGUGCGUCGCUGGGGCGAUGUACAUCACGGGGUUCUCCGAGUCAGUGGCAGGACUGCUGGGUCUUCAGACUCAGUGGGCGGUGCGCUGCAUGUCAGCAGCAGUGCUGCUAGGUCUGCUUGGAAUCAACUUGGCUGGUGUCAAGUGGAUUGUCAGACUUCAGCUGCUCCUCCUGGCUGUUCUGGCCAUCUCUACCCUGGACUUUGUCAUUGGCACAUUCACACACCUUGACCCAGAGCAUGGUUUCAUUGGUUAUUCACCUGGGCUGCUCAGCAGCAACACUAUGCCAGAUUAUACCACUGGGGAAAACUUCUUUACAGUAUUUGGGGUUUUCUUCCCUGCUGCUACAGGGGUUAUGGCAGGCUUCAACAUGAGCUCAGACCUUCAGCGACCUGAGCACAACAUCCCCGUGGGAACACUAGCAGCUGUCUUCACCUCGUGGUUCCUGUAUCUGGUCUUUGUCUUUCUCCUGGGGGCCAUCUGCACCAGAGAAGCUCUACGCUGUGACUUCUUGAUAGCUGAAAAGGUCUCCUUGGUGGGUUUCCUCUUUCUGCUGGGCCUCUACAUCUCCUCCCUGGCUUCCUGCAUGGGCGGCCUGUAUGGAGCACCCAGGAUCCUUCAGUGCAUCGCCCAGGAGAGGGUCAUUCCCUGUCUGGCCUUUCUGGGAAGAGGGAAAGGCCCAAACAAGACCCCGGUGGCGGCUAUCUUUCUGACGAGCCUGGUGACGAUGGCCUUCAUCUUCAUCGGCCAAGUUAACGUACUGGCGCCCAUCGUCACCAUCAACUUCAUGCUCACCUACAGCUUUGUCGACUACUCCUACUUCAGCGUGGCCAUGACCUCCCACCUUCAGAAUAAAGAUAAGAGGGACACCGCCAUAUUGGGCAAAAGAAACCAGCGCAGGUCCACCAGGCACAGCAGCACGUCACUGAUUCAAGCCAAUCUUCCAAACUAUGGCAGUGAUCGCGGGAGUCUGCAGAGUAAAGGCACUCUGCUGGAGUUCACUAGGGACAUGGACCAGAUAUUUCCACCUGUGUCAAAUGUGGACUCUGGAGCUGAGAAGACCUCCUGCAUGCAAGACAUGAACAACACAUCCAAGAACAGAAAGGCUACUGCUAAACAGAAGCUAAUGGACAGCUUUGGUUUGGACUCGAACACCAGUGUUUCCUCAGAAGAGAAAGAAGAGGGGACAAGUUCUGCUUCACUAGCAGAGGAAGACCAGGGGCCAGGUGGAGGAGGAGAGGAGCCUCAAAUCACGGGCUAUACAAAUGUUGGUCACGUUGAGCAGGAUUUGCCUGCUGAGACUCACAAUUACAGCACAGGCACUGGAGGUAAAGCAGAACACCAAAGCUUUGAAAUCCAACCCAAGCACAAUUCCUUCUAUGCAAAGUUUUGUAACCGCUGGAUCGCUCUCAUUGGGGCAUUGAGCUCCAUAUUGAUUAUGUUUGUUAUUCAAUGGGUUUAUGCCUUAACAAACAUAAUAUUUGCCUUGCUGCUCUUCUUCUACAUCGGGAAAACAAGUCCUGGACUACCAAGAGGAAUUGCAGCUCAGUUCAGCUUUUUCACGUGGUUCAAAUCGACACUGAGUAGCAUUUGCAGUAGAAAAGGAUCACCCCGGGAUGAGAUCGUAGUGACGCCCUCUUUGUCUGGGACUCUGGGGCUGAAAACCAAGCAGCUGACGGAGGAAAAUGCUGACUUUGCCUCUCGUCACCGCUAUCAUCAAUCGUCGUUCAUCAGGGCCGACAAUAUGGUCCAACCACCAUUUCACUGA